GACGUAAUUUACAAAACGCAGCUCAAUGUGAACAUGAAGUGGAUGAUGUAAAUACAGGAGAAACCAUCGAUUUUUCUCGUCUUCGGGCGCUAGACAAUGAACUAUUUAAUUGACGAUUAGUAUACCAAGUAUGGGAAGGUUGAAUGAAUUUAUUAGAUCUAUAUUUGGGUUCCCGAAUGAUCGCCUGGGACCGAAUGAUCUUCCGAGGGAUAUUUAUCAUGAUUUCCAACAAGAGUUUGGACACAACUUUGGACAUGACCAUCAAAGUUCUGGACAUUUUUUCAAUCACCCUCCAGGUGGUGACUGGUUCCCACCCCAAGACCAGCAAAUGCCAGACGAGUUCAUAAUUUUCCAGGGAGGCCCUGAAGAUAUGCCAGAUAUGUUUGCAGAGAUGGAAGAGAUGUUUAAUAAUUUUUUCCAGGGGUUUGGUCCUAAUGGUGGAUUAACUCCUCCUGAAUUCUUCUCUGGUCCUGGAAUUGGAGGGAUGAUAUCCCCCCCUGGAGAUGGACAUUCUGGUGAAACAGAGUCAAUAACACAGGGGGAGUCACUGAGAGAUCGGAUGCUUAAACAUCCCCAGCAGGGUUCCGGUUCACAUGAAAACCAGUCACCCAGUCCAAACAAAGAAACAGAAAAACCUCCAGGAUCUGGCCUGCCUCACUCAUGGUUUGGUGAUUUCUGGAAUCUACCAUUUGGUGGUACCUCACAACCACAAGAUAACAUUGACAAAGACUUUGACAGUGAACUAGAAAAAGGAGAGCAGACAUUGGAUGAUAUACUAAAACCUGGGCACAGACCAAAGCUGCAGAGUCCUUUAAGAUCGUUCUCAUCAUCGUCUAGUAUCACUUCUUUCAACUCCAAUGGGAAAUCAGAAAGCAAGGUCACUCGAAGGGAUUCUAGAGGAAAUGAGGAGGUUAUAAUAACUCGUCAGCUUGGUGACAGAAAGCAUAUAAUCAGACACUUCGUAGAUGAGACAGGGUCCAGGCAAAUCGAGGAAAACUUUGUGAACAUGAACUCAGACAACUUCCAGGAAUUCGAAGAUUCUUGGAAUAAAGGUCCAACAGUUCAACCUUUCCCACCGUCGCUUCCCGGUCGCGGUGAAGGCUCAUCGCAUUCCCUCUAUGACAGCGUGCUUGAGCGAUUCUUCCCCUGGCGAAAGUGAUGUCCCUUUUCUAGUGCAAGCCCAAGAACGGCGAAAACCUUGGAACGAAUCUCUGGGGCUUAUACCUAAAACUUGAUCGCUGACCAAUAGAAAUCUCUUUCCCAGAGCCCACGUAUCUGUAUCAGCGGCUUGUACCGUGUAUCAUGCGCUGACACAAAGGUUGAUGGGCAUUUGGAAUUGGUAUGCUCGCUGAAUGCUUAGUGUUUCGACAGUAUGCAUCGUACAGACAGGCAUCAUAGAAUAUGGAUUCAGAUUUAAAUGCUGUAUUUAGAUGAGAACCGAGACAUAUUUAGUAUGUCACGUGCUUUGAGUAUGUCACGAACUUUAAGUAUGUCACUUAAAAAUAGGCCAAGCUUUCAUUGAAUCAUUUGUACAAACAUUUCAAUUCCUUUAUAAAUGUAAUCUCACACCACAACCCCCCCUUUACUAAUAGACGUUUGGGAAACAAUUAUUAUAAUUUAUUUUAAAUAAGAAAAAAUAAUAAACGAACUUUGUGCUU